AUGGAGGAGGAUGUUCGGUUGCCCUACGCGGAGCAGCUUGACGGCUGUCGGAUCGACCAUGAACAGCCCGACAAGGCUGUUUCUGACCCGCAACAGAAUGGCUCGCGUGAGAAAGGUCAGGGACGGACAAAUGAGCAGAGCUCACCACCCUUCUACCGGUUACCUCGCACCGUCAUUGAGCAGUAA